GGCAGAAGAGGAGCGCUUCAGCAUGAAGUAACACCGCUACACGCUGCACUCUUGCCUGCGCUAUGACUUUACUCGCUUAGGCGAUCACACACACACACACACACACACACUUUACUCGGCUCUGGGACAUUUUCUAAGGAUUUGAGUUCGGUGUGAGACUUUUUUUCCCCCCUCAGCCUGAACCAUGUCUCGAGUUGCGGAUGUGUCGAAAGUUCGCCAGGAGAGGAUGAGGGAGAUCACGCUCCGGAAUAAGGAGAAGGAGCGGAUGCGGGAGAGAGAAAGAGAGGCGCGAGAGAGGGAGGCGCGCUACACGAACGGCCACCUCUUCACCUCCCUCACCGUGAGUGGAACCACGCUGUGCUCCGCCUGCAACAAGAGCAUCACAGCCAAGGAGGCCCUCAGCUGCCCCACCUGCAAUGUCACCAUCCACAACCGCUGCAGAGACUCCCUGCCCAACUGUGUCAAGAUGAAACAGCGGCAGCAGAAGCUGGCGCUGAUGAGGAACAGCUCGUCCUACAGCGGAUCGGUGACGCUGCGGAAUAAGACGCAUUUGAAGGAGCGCCCGAGCUCAGCCAUCUAUCCGUCCGACAGCCUGCGUCAGUCGCUGCUCGGUUCCCGGCGCGGACGCUCUUCCCUGCUGCUCUCCAAAAGCGUUUCCACUAAUAACAUCGCGGGGACACUGAGUGAUGACUCUCCCUUGGGGCUGCGCAGGAUCUUGUCCCAAUCCACAGACUCGCUAAACUUCCGGAGCAGAACCAUGUCUAUGGAAUCGCUCAAUGACGAAGGAGAAGUUUAUUUUGCUUCUGUGCUGGAGGAGCUAGAGAUCGAGGGACGGGACUUUGAGGCGGACUCUUGGAGCAUGGUGGUCGACUCCGCCUACCUGCAGACUCACCGCAAAGAUAUCAUCAAGAGGCAGGAUGUCAUCUAUGAGCUGAUCCAGACAGAGCUGCAUCACGUGCGCACGCUGCGCAUCAUGGACGGGGUUUUCCGCCGAGGCAUGCUGGACGAGGUGCAGCUGGAGCCGGGCAUCGUUCACGCCCUCUUCCCAUGUCUGGAGAAACUACUCGUGAUACAUACACGCUUCAUGACACAGCUGCUGCACCGUCGGCAGCUCUGCCUGCAGCCGGACAGCACACACAACUUUACCAUCAGCCGCAUCAGCGACGUCCUUCUGCAGCAGUUUUCAGGUCAGUGUGCUGAUGAGAUGAAGAAGACCUAUGCUGAAUUCUGCAGCAGUCACUUGAAAGCUGUAAAACUGUAUAAAGAGCUGCUGGCUAGAGACAAAAGACUGCAGUACUUCAUACGGAGGGUGAAUAGAGGUCCUCUGUUGCGUCGUCACGGUUUCCAAGAGUGCAUUUUGCUGGUCACCCAACGCAUCACUAAGUAUCCUGUACUGGUGCAGCGUAUCCUCGACAAUACCAAGGACAAUCCAGAGGAGGAGACGGGGCUGAAACAGGCUCUGGCGUUCCUGCGAGAUCUGCUAAGCGGCGUGGAGCAGCAGGUGCUGGAGCUGGAGCGAACGCAGCGGCUGCAGGAGAUCCGCUCCAGACUGGACCCGCGCUCUCAAGCCAAAAUGCGCUCAGACGCCAUGUUCAGACCCGCCGAGCUCCUGCGCAGACAGCUCAUCCACGAAGGCACACUGCUCUGGAAAACGCCAAGCUCCAGACUUAAGGACGUUCAAGUUCUCCUCAUGACUGAUAUCCUAGUGUUCCUGCAGGAGAAAGAUCAGAGAUAUGUAUUCGCCAGUUUUGAUAAGUCUUCAGUAGUUUCCCUGCAGAAUCUGUUAAUCAGGGACAUAGCCAAUCAGGAGCGAGGGCUGUUCCUCAUCAGCAGCGAGUUCAGUCCACCGGAGAUGUACGAGCUGCACGCAGCCUCGAAAGAUGACCGAAAUACAUGGAUACGGCACAUACAGGAAGCAAUCAGCAGAUGUCCUUCAAGAGAAGAAUUCCCACUAAUUGAGACAGAGGACAAGGCGUUGUUGCGACGACUCAAAGCUGAUAUCCAGCAGAAGGACAGGGAAGUGUUGGAACUGCUGCAAGAGCGCGUGACGCUGUUCUCCGAUCUGGCUGAGGUCAUGGGAGGUCAAGAGGUUGUGCUUCCACCCAGCUCCAGGAACCUGUUCAGAGCUGACACGCCUCAGGCACCGCGAGGAGAACAGCUACUCACACAAGCCAUCACUGAGGUGGACAGACUCACUGAACUGUUGUUAGGUUCUGCUUUUGACGUCUCCUUGGCCUGCACUUCCAAUGGUCACCACAGUUACACGGGGGCGCUGAUGAUAAAUGGACAGGAGGUGUUAGUCAACGGUUCACAGGAGACGGCAGCUUCCCAGGAUGGAAAUGGGAAUCAGCUGGAGGACAAAACACCAAGCGAGGAAGUCUCUCAGCGACUGGUGAAUCUCAGCGCUCAGCUGCAUGCUCUGCAGGGGGUGGUGAUUCAGCAGGACUCUGUCAUGGAGUUAUGCGUGCGCGAGGGCGGCGCGUCUUUGUCUCGCUCGGCGCGGUCUCUUUCACGCGAAGGAACCGGAGAAGUGGGGACAGCGGGCGAGCUGGCACUGCUUCAGCGCCAACAUAGCCUCCUGCAGGAGGAGCUCGUCCGCCUCAGAGGCGCUGAAGGGAGACUUAAAGACAGCGAGAAGGUCCGGGCCCAGCUGGAAAAACAGCUGCGAGACUUGAAGUCCAACGGCGCCGCCCUGGCGGAAAGCAUGGGAAGUUCCCAGACUUCACUACAUCGCAGAGAGAGUGAAACUGACCCAAACCCUGACACACGACUGGCCAGUCAGACAUCUGUGGAGCAGACAGACGGUCAGCAGGACUGCAGCGAUAUAGACGUAGACGUAAUCUCAGACGAUGAUGACGAUGAAGACUUGAAGAUGUCCCCGCGAUCCGAAAGCCCUAGAGAUCUGCAAGACAUUCCUGAGGAGAGCGAGUCAUCAAACGAAGCCCGAGAACAUGCUUUACACUGCUAAUGGUCUUCUACUGCACAGAAUGUAGAACUUGAACCCAGAAUGACUAAGUGGAACAGUCGCUACUCUGCCGAAGCACAAGACUCUAUGAGCACGUCUUCCUCUGAACUUCAAGGGAAGAACAUACAGCUAUCAAUCUAAUUAUAUCCAUCUACUGACCUUGUUUCACAACUUUUUUUUUUGUGCCAUAGUUUUUUUUGGGGUGGAAUUCAGUCGUUUUGAUAUCAGAGGACCAAUAAGCGAAUGCCAAAGCAGCCUGAUUGUCUGCAAAUAGCAGGACUUGUGUGAUAUUGCAUGGAAGAAAAAAAAAAUGAACACAGGAAUUAACCAAACUUCAGGAUUUACUUGCUAAUGACACAAAGAUACUGUAACAUGUGAAACAAAACAUACAUACAAAUUAGUUUUUUUUUUGUAGUGAAACUUUUAAAGAUUUCGUUGUUCGCUCUUUAUUUGUAAUUUAUUUAUUAUCUUCUUUUGCUGACUGAAUUACGUCUUCGAUAAACAUUUCAAGCACAUGCUAUAAGAAGCCAUAACCUGUAUGAAAAGAAACUUCUGUGCAAGUAAAAAAAAAAAAAAAAAAGUAAAACAAUGUUUUUACUAUACUUUAUUGAGUUAUAUAACUUUGAGUUAUUACAGGUUUACGUGAGCAUGAGUGCUUUUAGUAAGGUAUAUUUUAUAUAUAUAUCUUAUACAUAUUCGUGCUUUAGCAAGAUUUAAGAUUAUAUUUCACUGUUAUUUUGGUUUAGGUUCAUAGGAGAUGAUUCACUGAACCCAUGUAGAGUUGUUUACUGUUACACUUAUUAACAUACAUAUAUAUAUAUAUAUAUAUAUGUACAUAUAUACCGUGUAAAAGUCUUGAGCCCCGGCUCAUUUCUUCGCAUUAAAUGAUGUAAACUAAAUGAAAGAAUUGAGAAAAAAUGUUUUACUGCGAUGUGCCUAAAUAGUUUUUACAAUUUAAAACCUGAUUAUGUAACAGCUUCAGCAGUAACCUCGUUUCCCCUCUCGCCUGUCACAAUCACUCAUUCAGCAUCAGCUGUAUACUAAUCACCGGCCUGAUCGUCUGUCAUCAUCUGCACCUGUUUCUCUCUGGUUUAUGCUACUGCUGUGUGGCUUAACAAACAAAAAACAUUCCUCUGAAACUGCUCAGGUACAGGGACUGGACUGGACUGAAAACAAGAGUCCUUCAGGAAGCCUGGAGAACUAUUUGUUCAAAAAAGUCUUGAAGUAAACAAUUUGAAAGAAAUGAAACGGGCUCAAGACUUCUGCACAGUACUGUACAUGUAUAUGUGUAUAGAUCUAUAUCUAUUCUCAGUUGCUGAUUUCUUCCUUUGUACAUCUAUGUUUUGGUUUAUAACUGUACAAUUUAACAGUGCCAUAAUAGCUGGUUGUGUGUACAGGUGAGGUAUUUUAAGCUCCGAUUUCAGGAAAAACUAAACACAGAAAUUAUUGUCUGCUUUAUACAGUAUAACGUUUCUGUUUACUUACGAGUGAAAGUUUGUAUGGAAAUUUUGAGGAAUAUUGAAAUGCUUUAUUAAUAUUUGGUUAAAAUACUACAAUUACAGUAUAACUCAAGGCUAUUGUUAUGGUUUUCAGAAUUAAAGUCUUUAUGAACUCCAAUAGUGAUGCAUAAUACACCAAUAUUGUUAUUUUUUCCUUCUCUUUUUAUAUUCUUCAUAGUCAUUUACUUGCUCUAAUUGGAUCUUUUGUUAUGGCACUGCUCAAAGUUAAGGCUCAUGCAUGGUGGGAAAACUUCCUGUACUAGCCGGAUUAUAGUCAGGUUAGACUCCUAUUUCGAUCUGAUCUCACACUUACACAACAUGCUUUAAUGCUGUAACGCUGUAAUAUAUUUACACGGUGGUAACCGCCAGCCCUGUAAAGGAGCGAACGGCAUUCGUUGAUAUCGAGAUCUGUCAUUUUAAUCCACAGCAUAAUGUCAGCCAAGAGACAAAUAUUAAUAUAUCAUGGCAUGGUGAGGCAUUGUGUUCACACACACUCAUUCUGUCUGUAUUAUUGCAGACAUAAUGAUAAAAUCUUUUCUGUGCCAGUUGCCGUCUUUCUAAUUUAAAGCCACAGACACUCAAGCCCACUCACUCACACACUACCUCAUUCAUCAUCCAGAGCAGGAGAAGUGCUUUUGAAUACAGUUGGACUGAAUGGAUGAGAGAGAGAAUAGAAGGAACAAAUAAAUAUAACAAAUUUAUAUCAAAUUCGAAACAUAAUAUUUAGUGUAUCGAGUAAAUACUGUACAUAUGAUAUUUAAUGGGAAGAGUUUAUUACAAAUGUUUAAAGUCAAAGAGUUUUAACAGAUUUCUCAGUGAUCAUUUGGAGGCAUGCAGUUCUAUUGUAAUGUGAUCAAAAUGUUUCUGAAUAAAAGACAAAAAAAUUUACAGAC